GGCCGUGUUUUCCCGUGACGCUGGUAUGUCACGCAGUCACGCCUGCCUUCACUCUUGCCUCGACUUGGUCCUCGACUCCAGCCAUGUCUUCUUUGCGUUUGCUCAGACAAGCAGCUUGCUCUGCACGGUCGUUCUCUACCUCGGCUGUGAGUCGCAGAGACAUCGUCCAGGAUCUCUAUAUUAGAGAACUAAAAGCCUACAAGCCUACCCCCGUUGCAAAAGAUGCUCACCUCGGCGCCGUCAAGCCAUUCUCCCCGAUACAGCCACCCAAACCACCCACGCUCCCGGUAGAUCUCGCUGCUGAGUUGGCAGCCUACGACGCAAUCGAGCCUACUACAGCCGGCGAGUCUGCAACCGCAAGUUCAACAGGAGAAUUUGGACAGGGUGCAGAGGCAUUCUUGACGUUUUUAGAGGCCGACGUGAAAGCAGCAGAAGCACACCACUGAGCGUAGAUGUGAUUGAGGAUAGACUAUAUCUGUGUGCCUCCGCGUAAAUCCACUACCACAGUCGGGCUGGAGUCCCUCGCUGAACUAAUAUACGAGUAAAUCUACAAUUGGGU